UCUACGCAUUUGAUUUGAAACAGAUUCACAAGACCCAUAGGAAUCAAAAUGCCUUAACCCUUUACCAAACAACACAUUUUGGACUUUCCCAAUUUGAAAGAGGUUGCAGACGUCAAUUGAAUUAAAAUGGAAUAUGAAGGAAAUGAUCAGAGUUACGCUGCUGACCUUUUACCCCCACCUCCCGGUGUGGAACAAUUGCAACUGCCAGGAGAGGAACAGUUUCGUAACUUUGACAUUGUACGAGCAACCCAGUAUGGAGCAUUGGAGCGAAUCCAGGAGCUUGUUGAAGGAGGGUUUGAUGUCAAUACAAUGGACAAGGAGAAUGUCUCUUUAUUACACUGGGCUGCUAUCAACAACAGAAUACCCAUUGUUAAGUAUUAUGUAGAAAAAGGUGCCAUCGUUGAUAGAUUUGGAGGUGAUCUCAACUCUACUCCUCUUCACUGGGCUACCAGGCAAGGGCAUCUUCCAAUGGUGGUGUUGCUCAUGUCCUAUGGGGCAGAUCCUUCUCUGCGUGAUGGUGAAGGAUGUAGCUGCAUCCACUUAUCAGCCCAGUUUGGGCACACAUCUAUUGUCGCAUACCUGAUAGCUAAGGGUCAGGAUGUUGACAUGCUGGACAAAAAUGGAAUGACAGCUCUCAUGUGGGCCUCAUACAGAGUGUUUGUAUUUGACCCAGUGCGACUGCUACUGACAUUCAAUGCCUCGGUGCACAAGAGUGAUCGGGUGAACGGCAACACUCCACUACACUGGGCCAUUGUCACGGGCAACAAUGUGGCUGGAAAACUACUACUCAAGGAUGGGCCAAAUGUUGACGCUGUGAAUCUGAAGGGAGAGACACCAUUGGACCUAGCCAUCCAGCAGAAAAACCCGGGCAUGGUGAAACGUCUGAGAGAAAUACGUCUGGAGAAAGGUCUAGACACACAGCACUGUCUAAUCAAGGUCGUUGCUAACAAGGAUAUGCGGCGGCGGGCGAUGUUUGUGUUCCCGUUUGUUCUGCUGUUCACAAUAGGCUACAUUCCAGAGUGUAGCCUCUCACUGCAGAUCAAGGCGCUUCUUGCGGGCCUGCUCUUUCUUUUCUGGAGGACAUGCUCAUAUUUCCUGUUUGAUGAUCGCCUCUGGGAGAUCAUGCCAUUGGCCUGGUACCUGGCUACCAAGCUGUGGAUGUACACUACAUGGAUCAUCUACCUUCACCAAUUUGUGGCUCCCAGCCUUGCCCAUGAGGCUGCCUUCUGGCUGGUGUCCGUCCUGCUCACAUACAACUUCUGCAUGGCCUGGAGGACUGACCCUGGAGUCAUCAAGGCAGACAGAACCAAGAAAAUACAGGGUAUUCUUGACCUGGCCGAGUCCCAGUCAUUUAACUUGAACCAGUUUUGUACAACCUGCCUCAUACGCCGUCCCAUCCGGUCCAAACACUGCUCGGUGUGCAACAAGUGUGUGGCAAAGUUUGACCACCACUGUCCAUGGGUAGACAACUGUAUCGGUGCAAAUACACACAAAUACUUUGUUGGCUACCUAUUCUUCCUGGAAAUGCUAAUCUGCUGGUGUUUAUAUGGCUGUGUAUGUUACUGGAAGGCUAAUUGUGAGGCAGUGCAUUUCUAUGAGGAUGGGAUCACAGGCAGCCUGUGGAAGAUUGUGAAGCCCUCUCCGUGGGUGUUCUGGAUCUCAUUGAACUGCAUGCUUCACUGCCUCUGGGUUGGGGCUUUACUGGGCUCCCAGCUCUAUCAGGUGAUGUGUCUGGGUGUAACGACCAAUGAGAGGCUGAACCAGGCCCGCUACUUCUACAUGGACGCCAUGAGCAAAGCACGGGCUGCGGGCAAGGCACCUCAAGAACAGAAUCACCACGGUCACUCACAUGGCAUGGGGGACAAACAAUGCCACACGGACCACUCACGCAAACAGUAUCAGAACCCAUUUCAUCGUGGCAUCUUCAAGAAUUUAAUAGACCUAUUUGGUUGCCGGUGUUUUGGUUUGUUUCGCCCCAACAAAGUGGACUGGUUCAACUUGUUUGACAUUCCUGGCAAUGAAGUGAGCAGCAAGAAGAUAACCCUUAAUGUCCAGAGGGAUAACUACCAGUUUGUGUGAAAUCCUACAAACCCAUAGUAAUGAACAAUUUUGUAUUACAAAUCAAUAUGGAUAGUUUUGUUGGAUUUGUGCAUAAUAAUUUUUUUGAUUAAUUUUAGCAAAUGUCCAAACAUUGUUAUUCCAUUGUUAUUUUUUAAUUUCAGUUUUAAAUGUUUGCUCGCAUCAGGUGUCAGUUUUCCACAGAACUUUUAUUAAACAUUGAAUUGAUGAGCAGUGGUUUAAACUAAUUAUAGUGACAUUGGUAGGUUGACUUUCUCCCACCUUUUGUUAGUAUUUCCUGCUAUUGUGAUACUGUCCCAGUUGCUUAAUAUCAAAGUAUUUAUUUCCAUGUUUUUCCAUAUUAGCCCUUUCCAUGUGUAUAUUUAUAAUAUUUUCAUACUAUAUGUUUUCUUAUUGUAAACAAUGAAACUAUUGAACAAAGUCUAUCACUUCAUAUCAGUGAACCUCUCUGUUCUGAUGGGGUUUUAUCGUAAUGAGUUUUGCUAUCCAAACAAAAUUGCUCCUGUGUUUUAUU